AUGAGUCUGACCCUUCGCAAGAAGCUGAGCAGAUGCAAGUCCAGCGACAAGUUGAGUGGUCAAGAGUCCGACACGAGCAUUCCGCCUGACCAGCUCGAAGUCACUGAAGGCAUAUCACAUGACGCUAUCGCGGCAUUCGACUUUGGUGACUUAAGCAGAACGCCACAGCAUCCAGCACCAACCAUCAAGUGUGUGUCUUCACCUUCGGAAUUGCAUCGAUACAAAGCUCGGGCGGCAACGGGCAUACCGCCCACGGUCUCGCCAGCAAGAUCGCAAGUCGCUUACCGUACUGCUUUCACGGAAAACUUCGGCAAGACAGCUUCAGAACCGGUCACUGCAGCCGGAAGUGGCCAAAGUACGCCGGCACAAGAAGUGUGCGAUCAAGUCAUGGUUUCAGGCGACGAGCACGAUCUCUUGACUUCGUCUGCGGACAGCCCUGCGAAACGGCGCAGGAGCGUUGAUGUCUUCGCUCGUGCACGGUCCAGGAGCAGUGGCAACCCGACAAUUAGGCGUGUCACGCGAUCGAGGUCCCGCCGUGAGGAAAGGCAGGACUCUGCGAGUGAAGCAGUCUUGGUUGGCACAAAUGAUCGCAAGGCCUCAAAUGCAUCUUCGAGUGAGGACGAGCUCGUACGAUCACCAUCUGGCCUCAACUUCAACCAGGCGAAGCAACUACCACGUACGCCAUCGCCACAAGAGACCAAUGGCGAAGUCAAGCUCGGCGGCGUGAAUGAGACAUCAGCACCCACCAACAGCCCAAGCUUCAGCUUACCUUUCAGAUUCGGCAACAACCGUUGCAAGAAUAAUGUGAUCCCACCUUCCACCACUACAUCUACCAACGCAGCCCCUACUAACACGAAUGGAGCUCUGGCCGACCCCGGUUCCGUCGAGCAUGACUCCUCUCUCUAUCCCGGACCUCUCACCAUAUCGCCACCUAAUGCCAAGGUAACCACGCCCAUCGACUUGAACGGAUACACCAUCCCCAAGCCCACCUCCAGCAAAACCGAGAACGAGCCAUUCCCACCCGCGACCGUGCCCCUAGUUGUGCCGUCGUACAAAUGGAAGCACAUUGCUCGUGCCAUUAUGCCCAUUCCUAGCGGUACGUGUGAUGAUGUCGAGCAGAUCGGUCGUGCUCACCAAGAUGGCGAAGGACGAAAACGAAAGUAG